AUGCCUGGCUUUGCUCUGUUCAAGCUUCACCAGCUUCAUCCACAAGCUGCCGUGCAUAUAAGUGGGAUGAAUGUGUGUCUAGCGCAGCGGAAGCGACCCCAUAACCCAAUUCAGCGGUCUAUUCCUCAUCUACAAUCUCUUCGCUCCCUUACCUCAGAGUGGGAUUAUGAUCUACAAGAUUCUAUAUCUAAGCCACCUACUAAUGUCAGCUACCAGGCGCGCUUGAGAGACAUUAUAUGUGGUAGCCAUAAUCUAGAGACCUUGAGACUCAUCCAGAGAGAGGAAGAGGAAGAGGAAGAGUCGUUGCCCCCUCCAAGGGGAGCGAUUACGUUACAAAAAGGCGACGUUUUACCAAACUUGAAGCAUCUUCAUCUUUUUAAUAUGCACCUUGACAACACACAAAGCCUUUUGUGGGCAGAGUCUCUUCAGUGGGAAACACUUGAAUCAUUAUCUUUGAUCAAUGGUGAUUGGGUUGACUUGGUUCCUGAAAUCGCCAAACGUUUAAGUGGCCUGAAGUUAUUUGAGGUUUCCAUUUCUAAAUACCACCCUCGAAUGAAAUAUUGGCAUCGAAUCGAUCAGACGCUAGAUCCACCAUCGCCUCUUUACUUGGAGCGUGCGACCCAGGUACGUCUUAUUCUCGAGUCAAUGCCUCUUCUUGAGAGGUUUAUCGGCUAUUCUGUUCCGCAAUCUAUCCUUGACACUCUGUCAAGCUUCCAUGGCGACUCACUGAAGCACUUACGGUUUCGGAGCAUGCCUCGUGCUCACUUCUCUCCAAACGAGCCUCUAUGGCCUUCAAGCAUUGACCAUCUCGAAAUUCUGCCAGACCAAUUCCCCAACCUUGAGUCUCUGGGUUUUGACAUUGAGUGGAUAGAUGAAGAAUGGGUGCACCUUCGACGUUGUAAGGAUAUGCCUGCGAAUCUUACCGUCAAUCGCAUGGAUGACAACGCCUACAACCGACUCCUAGAGUUUCUGGAGUCGGGUUUGAACCCGAUUUCCCUUAAAUCUCUACGCAUCAAAGUCGGAGAAUGGGACAACGCCAAGUGGAUCAUGGAAGGUCAAUUUCCUAGAAAUGAACCUCUGAUCAUUGGAGAGCGCGACCAUUUGGGUAGCAUGCACUUUCAUCGCAUCCAGACGGUCAAGGGCUAUGUAUAUCCAAAGCAAUUAUGUUACAAAGACUAUGCCCGAGAUCUGUAUCGAGGUAUCUUGGAGAUUCACGGUUUUGAUGAUCCAUUCUUCAUGGACAGUGGGAAAUCCACUCGCGGGAAGUUUGAUUCGGGAUGGGGAGUAUUCUCAUAA